UAGGCCCAACUGGACAGAACCAAACUUCUCUCCGGUUCCUAGAAAAAUACCAGACCACAUAAGACAUGAACAGGUCAGUCAAGAAGUCAACCAAGACAGCUUAGUCAGCUGGGGAUUUUUUUUAAUUUUUUAACCUCAGGGUGGGCUAGCAUGCUUGACCUUGUCAUCCUCAGCUUCCUCAGCAAUUUAAUUGACUUGCCUUGUUACCAAAUUUCGAACAGCUUCCAAUGGAAGCUCAGAGUCCUGCAAAUUUCUCCUAUAAAAUCCAUCUCCCCAAAAUGGACAGGAUUCAAGCAAGCCAAAUACUAUCCUCAAAAAAAAGUUCGAACGAUGUUUUCUCAAUCAAACAUGCCUUCAACAACAUCAGUUUUAUCAACAUACACCACUUUCACUGCCUCGGCAAUGCUGGUCCGGUCUGUCAUCAAUGAAGUCCAGGCCAUGACCAAGCAGCUUAUACCACAGCAGCUCCAUGACAAAAUCUUAUCCAAAAUGGGAGGCCUCUUGGGAAACUUUUCAUCCCAAACGAUUCUCGUCAUUGAUGAGACCAAUGGGCUCUCCAUCAAUGAAAUGUUCGAGGCAUCUGAGAUCUAUUUGCGCCUAAAAAUCAGCCCUUCAGUUGAACGGCUUAAGGUGUCCAAAGCGCCAGGAGAGAAGGACCUCUGUGUCAGCAUCAACCAAGGGGAAAAGAUUAUGGAUUCAUUUGAAGGUGUCCAACUCACUUGGCAAAUGAUAUGUAUUGAGACACAAAAGGCAAGCACUGACUAUGCAGGUGGCUUUGAAACAGAAAUUGUGGCACGUAGAUCAAUUGAGCUCAGCUUCCACAAGAAAUACAGGGAAAUGGUGCUGAGCUCUUACUUGCCAUACGUAUUGGAGAGGUCAAAAGCAAUAAAAGAAGAAAACAAGGUAGUGAAGCUGAACUCAUAUUAUGGAGCAUGGAGUUCAAUCAAUCUAAACCAUCCCUCCACUUUUGACACAUUGGCAAUGGAUCUUACACUGAAGAAGGAGGUGAUAGAUGACUUGGACAGAUUUGUGAAGAGAAGACACUUCUACAGAAGAGUUGGCAAGGCUUGGAAACGUGGGUACUUGUUGUACGGGCCCCCAGGCACGGGCAAGUCCAGCUUGAUUGCUGCCAUGGCUAACUAUUUGAAGUUCCAUAUAUAUGAUUUGGAGCUCACAAGCCUCAGAAGCGAUGCAGAGCUUAGGAGACAUCUAAUCUCUACUGCAAAUCAAUCAAUUUUGGUGAUUGAGGAUAUUGAUUGCAGCAGCAACUUUCAGAACCGACAAGCUGGAGGAUACAACAAUGGUGACAGUCAGGUGACACUAUCUGGGCUACUUAAUUUUAUUGAUGGGCUUUGGUCAAGUUGUGGUGAUGAGAAGAUAAUCAUAUUUACAACCAAUCACAAAGAUAGACUAGACCCUGCAUUGCUGAGACCCGGUCGCAUGGACAUGCACAUCCACAUGUCUUAUUGCACUCCUUGUGGGUUUAAGAUUCUUGCUUCUAACUACCUUAGCAUAAACAAUCACUCCAUGUUUUCUGAAAUCGAGAAACUCGUGACAGAGGUGGAGGUAACCCCUGCAGAGAUUGCAGAAGAGCUCAUGAAAAGUGAUGAAGCAGACAUAGCCCUUGGAGGUCUCAUCAAGUUCCUACAUAAGAAGAAAACAGAACAUGAUAAAGCCAAUGCUGAAGAAGAAAAAGAAGACAGCGAAAAUGGAGAAGAAGUCAGUGAACAAGCAAAAGAAUGCCCAGGAAACAAACGAGCUGAAAAUAAAACGAGGAAAACUAAGGGGAAGGCAAAAAAGGGAAGAAUCAGAAGAUGAGGGGAUUCAAGAACAUGUGAGCAUUGUAUUUGCCUAUGCAAGCCAAAUAAUGUUUUAUGUAAUAAUUGCAGGCUCUAAUAAUUAGUAUAAUCCUGAUCAGUGAAGUAAAUGAUUUCAUAGUGGUAGAAGCAAAACCAAACAGGAUCCAUAGAGUUAAUUUUCGUGUGAACACAGUUUAUUUCUUUCCUGUUUGGUGCCUAACAUGAACAAUACAGACCAAACAAAUUUGAUGCUCAUAUAAUUUUCUCUCCUAAUUUCUUAAAACUCCAAACCAAUAUCAAGGACUCACAGAUGUCGUCCAAAACUUCAUAAAAUUCCUAAUAUCAAUGAAACCCCAUUGCAAUCAGCAAAACCACGAGUACCACACAAAAAUCAUAGAUGGGAUAAGGAAGUACCCCCACCAUAUUUCUCUCAGCUAGACAUUCUGUGAAACACCUAAACUACAAAACCAAAAUUACUCCUCCAGACAUGAGAAUUGGAUAUGUACCGCAUACAAUCAUAGAGACGAUAAUAAUAAAGUAAAGCACCAGAUUCCUCUCAGCUAGACAUUCUAUCAAACCCCAAAACAACAAAUCCAAACAACUCCUUCAGAAUUCAGAAUUCGAACACCAAAUUGAAAAUGAGAAAUUUUGAAAUUUACCUAGUUUUUAUUCAUGCCUCGAUGACAAAUUACGAGAAUGAUGGAAG